GUCCGCCACCGUGUUAUGGGCGUGUGCGACCGCCUCGACGGCAACGAUAUGUCAGGACAACGCGAUAUCCCCCUUGAACUCGGGGGACAGCCCGAGGAGCAGCCAGCCGUGGAGGCCCCGGGGGCAGCUGCCCCCAGUGCUGGGCCUAGCGCAGCCGAAGAGAUGGAGGCCCCACCGCCUCCCAGCGAGCCCAUCCCCGUCGAGAGUGAAGGCGAGGCCUGUGGACCCCCAGAAGUCCCCAGGCCCAGCUUCCAGGGCCUGGGAGAAGGCAGGGAGGAAGUCAGAGCUCGUGGGGGCUACAGCCCACCCCCUGAGGAAGCCAUGCCCUUCGAGGUCGAGCAGCCCGGCCCCAGAGGCUUCUGGCCGACCCUGGGGCAGCCUGGAGACACCAGCGUGGCCCCCGCAGGCCUCCAGGCUCUCAGCCCGGUGCUCGUGGAGCCCAGAGCACUCGGGGGGGCCAGGCCGGGCCCGGGAAGCUACAGCCCUCCCCCCGAAGAAGCCAUGCCCUACGAGUGGGAGCGGCCGGCCCAGGCAGACCACAGCCAGCCUCCCUUGCAGGCCUCAGACGCGGCUCCAGGGGGCCCCGGGGUGGGGGUCUGGAGCGCCCCCCCGGAGGAGCCCGGCGCCCUCAGACCUGCCAGCGCCGGCUUCAGAGGAGGCAGCCCUCCCCCUGAGGAGGCUAUGCCAUUUGAGUUUGAUGGAGCGGCCUUUGGGGACGACAGCCCACCCCCUGGGCUCCCCGGAGCUCACCCACAAACCGACCACAGCCACGGCGGCGGGUUCGCGGCAGCUGCGGGGCCGAGUGCGGUCCUCCUCACUCCCACCGCGAACGAGCCCCCCCUCUGGGUCCGCGGCGCCAUCGGCAGCGCAGCUCGAGAGGCUGUCAGACCUACUCCACACUUCGUGGGCGGCAGCCCCCCAAUGGAGAUCUCCGGACCCCAGCGCGAGAUCGGCAGCGCCCCCACUGGGGUCCACGACGCUCCCGUCAACAUGGACAGCCCCCCAAUCGCGCUUGACGGCCCGCCCAUCGAGGUCUCCAGAGCCCCAGUUAAGAGAGAGCAAGCAGAGGGAGAGAGACCCCCAGUCGAGGGCGAAGCAGCCGAGAUGGAAGGAAGCUCAGCCAACUCAGCCGCCGCGGCCGCGGAGGGACGCCAAGUCCCCUCUCCGGGAGAUGGAGCUCCUGCCGCAGGGGCCGCUCCAGACGCCGGGGCCGCUCCAGACGCCGCCGGGGCCGCUCCAGAAGCCGCCGGGGCCGCUCCAGACGCCGGGGCUGCCCCAGACGCCGCCGGGGCCACUCCAGACGCCGCCGGGACCGCUCCAGAAGCCGGGACCGCUCCAGAAGCCGGAGCCGCUCCAGAAGCCGGGGCCGCUCCAGACGCCCCAGCCGCCCCAGCUGCCCCAGCCGCCCCAGCCGCCCCAGCCGCCCCAGCCACCGGAGCAGCCCCUGCCGCCCGGGCAGCCCCUGCCGCCAGGGCGGUCCCUGCCGCCCGGGCGGUCCCUGGCUCCGGAGCCCGCCCUAAGCUCAUACGUACCCUCAGACCCCCCAGCCCCGAGAUCCAGGUUGCCGAUCUGCCUGCUCCGCAGCCUCCGCGCGCGUAUGCUUGGCGGGGCAGGUCGGAGCGCGGCCGCGACUACGACGACGAAGGGUCGGUCAGCAGCAGCGACGAAUCCGACGAUGGGACCUUCGGAUGCUCGCAGUGCUUCCUGUCCCGGCGAGGUCGCCGCCGCCGAAAGCCGCAGCGUAACUUGCUCCGCAACUUCCUCGUGCAAGCUUUCACCGGCUGCUUCGGCCGGUCCGAGAGCCCCGAGCCCAGAGCCGCGCAGGGCAGCCCCAAGGUCAGGAAGGCUCCUCUGGGCGAGAAGCGCAAGCACAAGCGCAAGGAACCCAGGGAGCAGCGCGCUCAGAGGCGCGCCGACCAGAAGCGCAGCAGCCUCAUCGACAAGCAGCUCCGGGGCGAGAAGAUGGGCUACAUGUGUUCGCACCGCCUGCUGCUUCUAGGGAGCAAAGUGGUGCCGUACAACACUGAGGGUCGUUUCCAGCUGGACAAACCAGCACCAGCGACCAAAAGACGACCCCGUGUCCUGGGGUGGGGGACAGCCAGGAAGGCGGGGGCCUCAGGUGCGGGAGAGUCUGGUAAAAGCACCAUUGUGAAGCAAAUGAGGAUCCUGCAUGUUAAUGGGUUUAAUGGAGAGGGCGGCGAAGAGGACCCGCAGGCUGCCAGGAGCAACAGCGAAGGUGAGAAGGCCACCAAGGUGCAGGACAUCAAAAACAACCUGAAGGAGGCCAUCGAAACCAUCGUGGCCGCCAUGAGCAGCCUGGUGCCCCCGGUGGAGCUGGCCAACCCCGAGAACCAGUUCCGCGUGGACUACAUUCUGAGCGUGAUGAACGUGCCCGACUUCGAUUUCCCUCCCGAGUUCUACGAGCACGCCAAGGCUCUGUGGGAGGAUGAGGGGGUGCGCGCCUGCUACGAACGCUCCAACGAGUACCAGCUGAUCGACUGCGCCCAGUACUUCCUGGACAAGAUCGAUGUCAUCAAGCAGGCCGACUACGUCCCCAGCGACCAGGACCUGCUUCGCUGCCGUGUCCUGACUUCUGGAAUCUUUGAGACCAAGUUCCAGGUGGACAAAGUCAACUUCCACAUGUUCGACGUGGGCGGCCAGCGCGACGAACGCCGCAAGUGGAUCCAAUGCUUCAAUGAUGUGACCGCCAUCAUCUUCGUGGUGGCCAGCAGCAGCUACAACAUGGUCAUCCGGGAGGACAACCAGACCAACCGCCUGCAGGAGGCCCUGAACCUCUUCAAGAGCAUCUGGAACAACAGAUGGCUGCGCACCAUCUCCGUGAUUCUGUUCCUCAACAAGCAAGACCUGCUCGCUGAGAAAGUGCUUGCUGGAAAAUCGAAAAUUGAGGACUACUUUCCAGAAUUUGCUCGCUACACUACUCCUGAGGAUGCUACUCCCGAGCCUGGAGAGGACCCACGCGUGACCCGGGCCAAGUACUUCAUCCGCGAUGAGUUUCUGAGAAUCAGCACCGCGAGCGGGGACGGGCGCCACUACUGCUACCCACACUUCACCUGCGCCGUGGACACCGAGAACAUCCGCCGCGUGUUCAACGACUGCCGCGACAUCAUCCAGCGCAUGCACCUCCGCCAGUACGAGCUGCUGUGAGAAGGGAACCCCGACUUUAAUUCAAGCCUUAAGCACAAUUAAAAAUGAAAUGUAAUUGUACACGCAGUUAAUCACCCACCAUAGGGCAUGAUUGACAACGCAGCCUUUCCCUUCCCCCCUGAGUGAUUUUGCGAAACCCCUCCCCCUUCCAGCUUGCUUAAAUAUUCCAAAUUUAGAAAGCUUAAGGCGGCCUUCAGAUAGAUAAAAAGGCCACAAUGGUUCCCUCUCUUUACGUAAUUAACAGCAGCAAACAGAAAUCAUUAAAUGAAUUAAAUGAAAUAAAUAUUGUCUUGUGCAGCAUUAAAAAUCAAUAAAAAAUUAAAUGUGA